GAAAGUGUCAAACCGUCAGAGACUAAAACCUCCAGAUCUGAGAGGAGUCCAGCCCGAGAGGAGCAGCUGGUUCUGAUCCAGAUCAUCCAGGACCACGAGGAGCUCUGAUAUCCAGAGAGGAGGAGGAAGAGGAGGAGGAGGAGGAGCCACCAGGCCGACUGGACGAUGGAGGGAAGACGUGUUCUGCAGCUGCUCUGUCUGACCUUCACUCUCAUCUCCACCACUCGACCGUCUCCUCCAGCAGGACUGACUGUGAGUCCCAGCAGAUCUCAGUUCCUUCAAGGAGACUCAGUGUCUCUGAGCUGUGAGGAGGACGGAUGGACAGUCUGGAGGAAGACCAGCUGCAGACAGAGGAGUUCAUGUGAAGACUGGUGGGGAGAACCUGCUGGUUCCUCAUGUAGAAUCAGUGACAUGUUCCCCCUGGACAGUGGAGUUUACUGGUGUGAGUCCAGAGAGGGAGCAGCUGGAAGCAGCAUCAACAUCACUGUAGCUGAUACAGUGGUCCUCCAGAGUCCAGUCCUCCCUGUGAUGGAGGGACAGGACGUCACUCUGGGUUGUAGAACCAGCGCUCCCUCCACCCUCUCAGCUAGUUUCUUUAAAGAUGACGUCUUCAUCGGGACCGAGUCCACAGGUCACAUGACCCUCCGCCAUGUUUCCCGCUCUGCUGAAGGCCUCUACAGGUGUAGCUUCAGAGGUGUUGGAGAGUCUCCACCCAGCUGGAUCUCUGUCUCAGCUCCACCCACCGAGGAAGCUCCGCCCACUGAGGGAGCUCCGCCCACUGAGGGAGCUCCACCCACUGAGGGAGCUCUGCCCAGUAACUCCACCUCCCUCCAGGUGGAGUUCAGUGUUCUCCGCCACCUGCUGGUUUUCUGUCCGUACUUCAUCUCCACUCUGCUCAUGGUGUCGAUGUAUCGAGGCAGAGCCAAAGAAGCCAAACAAGCCGUCUCCAGGGCGACGCCCUCCGGUGCCCAGGCUGAGCAGGGAUUGGACGACGGCGUGAUGAUGUCAUAACCAGUAUAAGCAGUCAGCGUCCUCUCUGAGGAUGAGGAGCUGUUGUUGUCAUGCAGAAUGAAUAAAACCUUCAGAUUUUCACUUGA